AUGUCAGUAAGGAGAAAAGAAAGAGCAGUGGUGGAGAACAAGGAUAUCUUCUCAGAGGAGGAGGACUUUAAGGAGCCAAUGAGAGAGGCUGCCUCCUCCAGUGCUUCAACAAGACAACCUGGACUAUUCAAACAACAAAUCAUCCACAAAAUCCCAGAAGCAGUGGACGACUUCCUGAGGAACUUCCUCCAGAGAGCUGGCCUGAGCCGAACUCUGAACAGCUUCGAGAAAGAGUGGUACAGUGGUCCAGUUCAGAAAACUCUGACAGAAACUCUCUCGAUGGCAGCGACAGGCAUCUUCUUCAUCACUGACGCUCUCACACACCGGCAGCUCCUCCAAAGUGAGUUAGAGAUAAUCCGCAGAGAGACACACAUGCUCAGACAGGAGGUGCUGGUGGCAGGGGAAAGCCUGGUGAAGAUGCAGAGGGAGAGGGAUUUCCACCGGCUUCAGUACAGACGAGUUGCUGAGGACAAAAACAGGCUGAUCGAGGACUUCAAAAAACUGAAGAAACACCUGGAGUCCUACAAGCCUGUGCUACGGCAACUGGACAACAAGUAUCAAGCAGCUCUGAGGCAGAAAAUGCUCAUUAGUCUAAAAAAGGAUCGAGUGCAAAAGACCACAGAUGCAACACUGAUUCAGGAAAAAUCCCAAAUCAACAAAGAGAGAAGCAUCCAAAGCAGCAACAGCACUGAGAAAUCACCAGCAAAAAGCACCAGAACCAGGCAUCAAAAGGACACAGAGUUUCCCAUCUACAGAAGGCUGGUGAACUCUCACCUGGCUCAGGUGAAUUUUGAAAAAUGGAAAAGCCCGAGUUCCUUCAGCUUGUCCUGCUCCAUCAGAGCACACAAGCUUCCCAUCAGCUGCAUCGAUCUCCAUCCACAAAAACGGAUCGUUGCCACCGCCAGUAGUGACUGCAGCUGGAGGCUGUGGGCGCUGCCAGCCAAUGGAGAAAAAGUUGGUCAGUUGGUACUGACAGGUGGGGGUCACUCUGACUGGCUGUCUGGCUGCAGUUUUCACCCUGAUGGAACAAAACUGGCAACAACGAGUGGAGACACUGUGGUCCAGCUCUGGGAUUUCUCUCGUGGCUGCUGUGUGUUGACGCUGUCUGGACACAGCCAGCCCACCUGGGGCUGCUCCUUCCACUCAUGCGGCCACUUUUUGGCUUCCUGCUCUGCCGACAGAACCGCGAAGCUUUGGGACCUGAACAGCCAGCGCUGCCGCUUCACACUGCGUCGCCACACCGCCUCCGUCAACAGUGUCUGCUUCCUGCCCUUCUCCAACCUCCUCCUCACCUGCUCGGCUGACAAAACUCUCGCCAUGUGGGACUCCCGACUGAGUGUCUGCACCGCAACCUUCCAUGGACACCAGCACCCCUGCAACCACACUGCCUUCAGCCUGGCAGGCAACGUCAUGGCAUCGUGUGACUCCUGUGGCAUCAUCAACUUGUGGGAUAUCAGGAAGUCUGCGUUGGCCAUGGCCACGGUAGAUGCGGGACCGCUGGCGGCCAACCAGGUGGCGUUCAGCCCAUCUGGGAAGACGCUGGCUGUUGCCAGCAGCGACGGUCUGGUCAGAUUGGUGGAGAUGGACUCCUGCGUGGUGAGCAGCCUGUCGGGACACAGCGAUGACGUGCAGAGCGUAAUGUUCGACCACAGGGGGGAGACUGUGAUGUCAGCAGGGAGUGAUGGCAUGAUUAAUGUCUGGUCAUGA